UCAGUCCUGAAGGACACACAGAGACCAGCUCGAGUUCUCGGGGACCUUGUUCUGGUGGAUUAUGAACGCUUUUGGACACCAAGCAGCCCCCAGUCACCAGAGCAGCCCCAUUCAGUCCCACAGCGCGCACGAGCUCAUGGACAUGGCGGUUUACUGCGACAACGUUUACCAGCAGAACUUCCACCACGCGCAGAGGCCGCCGGCUCCCCCCUCCACCUACGGCCUCGGAGACUUCACCCCCCCGUCCUCCAACCCCUACCUGUGGCUAAACGGAGCGGGCAUCAACUCCUCUCCGUACCUGCCCGGAAACAACCACCGCGCGUCCUUCGGGCUCCAGUCCGCGUACGGCCCGAACCAGAGGCCGUACCUGGCGCCCCCCGGCGGCUUCGGGGGCUCCGACCUGAGCUGGCUGUCCUUACCCAGCCAGCAGGAGCUCUUCAAGAUGGUCCGACCUCCGUACUCCUACUCUGCGCUCAUCGCCAUGGCCAUCCAGCACGCGCAGGACAAGAAGCUGACCCUGAGUCAGAUUUAUCAGUACGUGGCUGACAACUUCCCGUUUUACAAGAAGAGCAAGGCUGGAUGGCAGAACUCCAUCCGGCACAACUUGUCACUCAACGACUGUUUCAAGAAGGUGGCGCGUGACGAGGACGACCCCGGGGAAGGGGACUACUGGGCCCUGGGCCCCAACUGUGAGAAGAUGUUCGACAACGGGAACUUCAGGCGCAAGAGGAAGAGGCGCGCGGAGGCGAGCGCAGCGGAGGACGGCGGCGCGCCCCCGGUCAAGCUGGAGGACAAGCAGCUGUCCUGCCCCGCCGGCCUCCUCGGCACCCCCCCGCCCAGCCUGCACGGCUCCCCGGCCUCCACCGAGCCCAAGUCGUCGCCGCCGCCCUCCGUGGAGCACAGCCCGUGUUUCAGCGGCUUCGUGUCCAGCAUGAACUCUGUGCUGGGGGGCGGCGGGGAGCGGGACCCCCUCCAGCAGCAGGCGCAGGGCUCCUACUCCCCCACUUUGACCCCCGACAACAGCAGGAUGAACUAUUACGCGUCAGUGCAGAGUUUCUCCAACCGUGUGAAUAACUUCAUCUACAGCUGGGAGGGGACAGAAGUUUAA